AGGAACCGAUAUUCUAGAUCUCCAGGAGUAACCUCAGCUUGGGAUCGACGAUAGCGACAGAGUAAAAAAUGGGUUUCCGCCGCAACGUCGCGGGGUAAAAUCCUAUCGGCAAGAAAAAGAAAAGAAGAGAAAAGAAAAGAGUUGGGUCGGUGAAUAUUUUAUUUUUCUAAUAAUUUUCAUACUAUUGCUCUUUCCUUCGGCGUACCGGUAUCAUAUCAUUCUACGGAUCCGAUCAUACUAUGAUACUUUUUGAGUCACUCAAACUUUAACGAGCAAGGAGGGGAGAGUUUUCCGGGUCGAGGGUUGAGGCUCUGCGGAAGCUAUUUUAGGCACUGGCGGUCAGUUCCGUUUCGGGAAUCCUAAUCGACCCCCCUCAGAUAAACUAGGGCAUACCAGAGCUGAAGUUGAAGUGAAUGAGCAAAGUCCCCGGGCAGCACUCUUUGCCAUCAUUACCAACACCAUCGUCGCCUUCCAUCUUCAGACACAUUCUGAACUGCCGGUACCCUCAGCUUCUUAUCUACGCCGCAUUGAACUCGUGUACUCCUGUACGCCGCUUCACCUCCUCUAUACCGUCAUAACAACCAAGUAUAACCAGCCGACCAGCCAACCAACCUCCGAUCCAUGAAUCCGAUACCCAACAACGUGGACGAGGUUCUCCCGGGUCUAUUCCUCGGAAACCUUGUAGCCGCAGAAUCGCUAGAUAUCCUCAAAACGUGUGGCAUAACACACGUCCUAUCCCUAACCCACUCCCUUCCAAAAAUUCCUGAGGAAGCGGGUGUAAUCCAUCGGCACAUUCCAAUCCUCGACGUCCCGACGCAGAAUAUCCUCGCCGUCAUCGACAUAUGCCUGGACUUUAUGGCCGAGGCCCUGCGCGAGGAAGGGAACAACAUCCUUGUGCACUGUUACUUGGGCAAGUCCCGGAGCGGGGGUGUUGUUGUUGCUUAUGUCAUGAAAAAGCAAAAUAUCCCUCUCGCCCUCGCUCACGCCUUUGUCAAAUCCAAGCGUCCGCUCGUGCACCCGAACCGCGCGUUCAGGAGCCAAUUAGAACUCUGGGGUACGUCCGGCUACGAUUCUGCUAUACUUAAUGAUCACGAGAUCGUCGAUUUUGGAUUCGGCGAGGAAAUCCCCGCCGCGUAUAAGAAAAAGAAUAGUAAGAGUAGUAGCAAACGUCACGGUCACGGUAGUAGUCUUGACGGGGCUAGCGCCUUGCGCUCCCAAGAUCUCGCCCGCAAGUUGGAAGAGAUUGCCCCGCAGGAGGCGGUGACAGGGGAAGAGGCGGGAGUGAACGGAGGGUGGGGGGUUGUGCAUAUGGAUGAGGUUACGAAGACUUUCUUUGAGAGUUGUCUUGAUGAGGUUGGGAUUGUAAAGAAGAGUUCCAGGAGGGUGUGCUGGGUCGGGUAAGAAACCUUUUGGCUUGGGCGUGUCCUGCAGUAUGUCUUCACUUUCUUUUCUUUCUCCUCCACGAUGGCGGCACUUGUCCUUUUCUCCACUGUUUUCGAGUGAUUCGUUUCCUGCAACGUGGCGGCUGGGCAAGUGGGUUGUGGUGUUUUUACAGGGAUGUGGCUUGGUGCAUGGAGUCUCACUCGGUUCUUGUGUCUGGUGUUGAAUGUCGAGCGCUAUGUUAUCAUAUUUAUGGCGAUGAUGUUUUUUAUGAUUCUGGUAUGAUGAUGGAAAUGGGGUCUUGUUUAUUGUACGGAGUCUCGCGCUUGGGCUUAUGUUUUCCUCUAAACAUUAUAUCCAAUAAACAUGGCAAAUGAAAUUACUCCU